GUAUCUUCUAAAAUAAAUUUGUGUUCAACACGGCAAGACUUACUCGGAUUUUAUGCUAAUAAUCUGAUUCACACACCCUGUAUACCACUCAUAGCAACGGAUGGCAUAAAAAUGGUAGAAAACAGAGUCAAAAGAACAAACAAAUGGUCCUGAGCACAUCCAAAAGACGCUUUUCCUAGAACAUGGCGUUACCAUUGCUUCCAGGGCUAUCAUUUGAUAGAAAGCUUGGUAAAGAUAGAUUCCACAAAUCGCAAUGUUUUGAUUACAGAAAUGAUGUUGCAGUCCAUGUUGGAGAAUUCAAAUCUGGAAUCGGAGGUGAUCCUAUGCCAGGUGGUAAAUCAAAACCCAGACAUAGUGCUUACCCAAAAGGGAGUGGAAAACAGGCUCCCGCUUGGGUUGCAUUUGACAGACAAGUGCUUUGUUUCGACGCAUACUUUCAAGAAUCAGUACACGAGAAACGCGAAGAGCAACAUCGAAUCAGAAAAUGUAAAAUCUAUUUUUAUCUUGAAGAUGACAGCAUUCAAGUGAUUGAGAGAAAAGUAGAAAACAGCGGAAUUCCUCAAGGAACUUUAAUAAGGAGGCAUAGAAUUCCUUUACCUGCGCCGAAUGACGAAGAGUAUUAUACUGUGGAACAUUUUAAUAUUGGAAAGCAGUUGACCAUAUACUCCAGAUCGUUUCAUAUAACAGGAUGUGAUAAUUUUACGAAUAACUUUUUACGUAAACUUGGUCUUCGCCUAAACCAACCCGAUGCAACUCCACAUGACCCUUACACAAAAUACAGGCAAGAACUCACGGAAAGCAUGCAGCCAUUACGACCGUAUGAGAAGGAGGACACAUUGAGACAAUUUUUAGAGAACGACAGGAGAGUGUUGCGCUUUUACUGUUUUUGGGAUGACACCGAUUCUAUGUUUGGUGAUCCUCGCGAAUGCGUGCUGCAUUAUUUUCUCGCCGACAACACUGUCGAGAUCCGGGAAAUCAUUCCACCCAACGCUGGACGAGAUGCAGUACCCUUGUUUUUGAGAAGACAAAAACUGCCCAAGGAACCAAUCGAUAUGCUGCAACCUGGACAAAUCACCAAAAGAACUGUUCUAAAUGUUUUUGGGCCGACAGGUCACGGAGGUCGAUACAUACUGGAUAGUUUAAAAACUGGAGCCGUGUACACAGACUACUAUCAUGAUUCUGACCUGAUGAUCGGAACAGUAUUGAAUGUAUGGGGAAGAAAGUUUCAAAUCUGCGGUUGCGAUGAAUUUACACAAGAAUACUACAAAACCAAAUAUGGAAUAGAUGAUUUCAAGCCAAUAGACUACAGAUCAGAAAGCAACAAAAAGAAAACACGAGAAAUCCCACCGUACAACGGUUUUGGAUCUGAAGAAGAUUCUCUAUGCAACUGCUUGAGUUUAAUUCCUAAGCCACCAAAACAAGAUUUCAUUAAAUUUAUGGAGAAGGAUAGACAUGGUCUAGAAAGCAACGUGUUGCGAUUCGUCGCGAAAAUGGAUACCCAACGACCUAUUGAGGUUGAUCGCAGGUUCACAAUUUCCUAUUUUCUUUCCGAUGAUACUGUUCUCGUGUUUGAACCUCCGCAACGCAAUUCUGGCAUUAUCGGCGGGAAAUUUCUUGAAAGAGGACGAGUUAAAAAACCUGACGGUGAAAAUUAUUAUACGGCUAAGGACUUGUAUAUUGGGAACAAUGUUGUUUUCUGCAAACAUCCUUUCAUUUUGAUUGACGCAGAUGAGUAUGCUGUCAAUUACAUGGAACAACACGCUGAAGAGUUUCCGCAGGCUAAUAUUAACGUAAUCAUGCCGAAACUACGCAAAAUAUUUGAUGAAAACUUUAGCGAGAUAAAAAUGAUGUUCGAAAGUGGAGAUCGCAAGAAAACCGGAAAAAUAACUUUUGAGGCGUUCAAAUCAAUCUUACAGCAAAUUGGUCGCAGUGAUGUCUCUGCUCACGAAAUUUUAACAACAGCCAGAUAUUUUAGCAGUGACCAGGCAAAUGAAAACAACUUGGUCGUGCUUAUUGCUGCAGUUCAGGAACAACUUCGCAAAGUGAACUACGAAAAUUUUUCGCUGAUGCAUGAUGCGUGUGUCUAUCAGGACGAGAAACGCACUGGACUCAUUUCCACGUCAGAAUUGCGUAACAUUUGCAAAUCUUUUAAACUUCCUGUUCAAGAUCAGCUUCUGCAGUCACUUAUUCAAAAAGUUAACACCAACGAAGACGGCUGCACCGACUAUAGGCAAUUCAUUAACUUUUUAAAUUGGAGAGAUAUGCCAGUGACGUCACAGAAAUACGUAUCAAAUCUCGCUUCUGGUGUUGAGCCACAUGCAAGAGUUGGUCCAUACGAAAAUUUGAAUAACAUCUCCUACAAGAAUGUAUUAGAAGCCCUGGGCUACAAAGACUAAUAUAAAUAUUUUUACUUUUAAAAAUUGUAUAUAUUUGAUUUUUCUUCUGUAUAUUCUUCUAUUUCUAAUUACUAAGUGCGCAAAA